UGAAUAUAAAUAAUUCAAACAUGUGCAAAGCAAAUAUGUGCAUUAAAUUUGUGUUUAAUUAAUUAAAAAUUAAGACAUUGUAAUUGAAAUUAAUUUUAAAGUGUAAAAUUGGGACGGAGUUAAAUUAUAAUUCUUAAAUAAAUGCUGAAAUAAUUCCUGAAGAUUAGGUUAAUGCUUUAAAGUCCGGCACUGAAAAAUGUCUUAUCCUGCUGAAAAUGUAGGUAGAAACUAUGAAAGUAUACGUGAAUUUGGUGACCGAGACUCUUCGGUGAGGAGAUCUUUUGAAAAUGGUGGUAUAAAAGCCGGGGCGACUCAUGCAGCCCGGCUCGCGUACCAGGUCCUCUCUCGACGUAAGGUUGCCGAGGAAGGCGCGGCCAGACUGGCAAGAGUCUUGACCGCCUUCGAUCUGACAGCGUUAGGGGUCGGCAGCACUCUAGGAGUCGGAGUGUACGUGUUAGCUGGUGACGUGGCCAAGAACUAUGCUGGACCGGCUGUGGUCAUAUCAUUCUUGCUGGCCGCAGUGGCUAGUGUGUUUGCAGGCUUGUGCUAUGCUGAGUUCGGUGCUCGCGUGCCGAAGGCGGGCUCGGCGUACGUGUACAGCUACGUGUGCGUGGGCGAGUUCAUAGCUUUCAUAAUAGGAUGGAAUCUCAUACUCGAAUAUAUUAUAGGCGCGGCGUCGGUGGUGAAGGCGCUGAGCGAGUACCUGGACUCAUUGCUGAACAAGGCGAUCUCGUCGCACCUGGAGGCGGCGCUGCCAAUCGACUCGCCGCACCUGGCCGACUACCCCGACGUCUUCGCCUUCUCCGUCAUCAUGGCUUUCUCUGUGGCGCUGUCGUUCGGCGUGAAGGAGUCCACGAAGUUCAACAACGUGUGCACCGCCAUCAACCUCUGCGUCGUGCUCUUCGUCAUCGUCUCCGGCUCGCUUAAGGCGGACACGAGCAACUGGCGCAUUCCGGAGUCGGAGGUGCCCAAGGACGAGGGGCGCAGCUACGGCACGGGGGGGUUCGCGCCCUACGGACUCGCCGGCAUCAUCCGGGGCGCCGCCGUCUGCUUCUACGGGUUCAUCGGGUUCGACUGCGUGGCGACGGCGGGCGAGGAGGCGCGGCGCCCGCAGCGCAGCAUCCCGGCGGCCGUGGCGGGCUCGCUGCUCGUCGUGUUCCUGGCCUACUGCGGCGUGUCCUGCGUGCUCACGCUCGUGCUGCCCUACUACCUGCAGGACGAAAAAGCGCCAUUCCCGUUUGUAUACGAUCGUCUAGGCUGGCCGUGGGCUAAGUAUGCGGUCAGUGUUGGAGCCAUAUGCGCCCUGUGUUCAAGUUUGAUGGGCGCGGUGUUCCCGCUGCCGCGGAUCAUCUACGCGAUGGCGUCGGACGGGCUGCUGUUCCGGUGGCUGGGCCGCGUCAACGAGAAGUACCAGACGCCGCUCGUCGGGACCAUCACGGCCGGCUUCCUCACCGGUACGUUGGCCAUGAUAUUCAAACUGGAGCAGCUGAUUCACAUGAUGUCCAUCGGCACCUUACUGGCGUAUUCUAUGGUCGCAUCCUGCGUUUUACUACUUAGAUACGAGGCGAGUCCGCAGCGCGCCGGCGCCGAGCGAGCCGCGCCCUCGCGUCGCACUGCCACCACCGUCACCGUGCUGGUCACGCUCUACGGGGUAUGGUGCUUUUUGAUGAUGUGGUGCGUCAAUAGCUACGGCGACCGGGUCCUGGAGGGGCACGGCGGGUACACGGCGCUGCUGCUGCUGGCCACGGCGCUGGUGGUGGCCACGCUGUGCUGCAUCUCGAGGCAGCCGGUGUCCGAGAAGAAACUCGCUUUUUCCGUGCCGCUGGUGCCGUGGCUGCCCGGCCUCAGCAUAUUGAUCAACGUGUAUCUGAUGUUGAACCUAGACUACAUGACGUGGGUUCGGUUCGGCGUUUGGAUUGUAGCCGGUCUCGUGAUCUACUUUUCCUACGGCAUGUGGAACAGCACUGAACGCCGUCGGACAAUGGAUUCGAUCCAGCUGGCGGAUCAGAUCAUCGACGGCCACACCGCUCUGCUGAACCACUCCGGGCUGACCCACGCGCUGGGCUGACCCGACGCCGAGGGUGACGACGUCGUCAGCCCCAGCAACACCGUCGUGUCCUUUAUAUCUAGUAUCUGAACGUUAGGAGGGUAGGAAACAAUUCGCGCUGUUCUUAAAGGAAAAUGUACCAUUAAAAAUGUGCUAGUUUUAGGUAAGGUAUUGAAACGUUUUCGUUUGGUUUGAGCUUAAGACAUUCAAGAAUUAACAUGUCGAGUUGAAUUUUUUAAAGUUUAAGCUUAGAAAAAUAAAUGAAUACUGAAACAUCAUGUCAUACAAUAUCAAGAUAUAACUUAAGUACGAAAUCUCUGAAUUACUGUGUAAUCUCUUGAAUGAAUAAUCUGCUGAUUGACAUUUUAGCUCUACAGUAGUUAAGUGUGGAACUGUCGUAU